UUUUCCAUUAAAUCCUGUUUUGCAUAGUGAUACAAUUAUGGGCAGACGCUAGUUUGUAUCUAAGCAUGAAAUUAUCAAACAUUUAAAUUUAGUCGAUUCAUCUUUAUUUUAGCUAACAUGUCACGUUUGACCACAGCCUCUCAGAAUGUCUCGCCGAUAUGAUUCACGGACGACCAUCUUCUCACCAGAGGGGCGCCUGUACCAAGUUGAGUAUGCCAUGGAAGCAAUCGGGCACGCGGGAACCUGCUUGGGAAUAUUGGCCAAUGAUGGAGUGCUGCUGGCUGCUGAAAGGAGAAACAUCCACAAGCUGCUGGAUGAAGUGUUUUUCUCAGAGAAAAUCUACAAAUUAAACGAAGAUAUGGCAUGUAGUGUGGCAGGAAUCACAUCAGAUGCCAACGUACUGACCAACGAGCUGAGGCUCAUAGCCCAGAGAUACCUGCUGCAGUACCAGGAGCCAAUCCCCUGUGAACAGCUGGUUACAGCAUUAUGUGACAUCAAACAGGCCUACACCCAGUUUGGAGGAAAGCGUCCAUUUGGAGUCUCGCUGCUCUACAUAGGCUGGGAUAAACACUAUGGCUUCCAGCUGUACCAGAGCGACCCGAGUGGAAACUAUGGCGGCUGGAAGGCCACCUGCAUCGGAAACAACAGUGCUGCAGCUGUUUCUAUGCUGAAGCAGGACUACAAGGAGGGAGAGAUGACCCUUUCUACAGCCCUCGCCCUUGCCAUCAAAGUUCUUAACAAAACCAUGGACGUCAGCAAACUGUCUGCUGAGAAAGUGGAGAUCGCCACCCUGACUCGUGAGAAUGGCAAGACCAUCAUCAAGGUGCUGAAGCUGAAGGAAGUGGAGGAACUGAUCAAGAAGCAUGAGGCCGAAGAGGCCAAAGCUGAGAAAGACAAGAAAGAGAAGGAACAGAAAGAGAAAGACAAGUAACGGCAUGUGGAUGGGGUUUUUCUACUUUAUGAGAAUGAAUGAGCUUGUGUCUGAAGAGAUGGAUAUCUCAGGUGUCUUUGUGUUGUUUCUAUAAAUAAAACGAUUCAUCAUUGA